AUGAGGCUUUUUUGUCAUGUCUUCUUUCUUGCCUUGGCCUUGCGGGCUUCUCGUUCCAUGGCUUCCUCUUCUGCAGGGUCCCAGGAUUGGUCCUCUGCUAUUCUAAUAAUAGUCGAUCAAUCAGGAAAAGGAGAUUUUACAAAGAUUCAAGAUGCCAUCGAUGCUGUACCAUCAAACAACACUGAGCCAAUCUUCAUCAGGAUCGAACCCGGGAUCUAUAGGGAGAAGAUAGUUGUUCCAGCUGAUAAGCCCUUCAUAACAUUAAGUGGCACAAAAGCAAAAUCAACCAUCAUAACAUGGAACGAAGGUUGGAACACAGUGGAGUCUCCGACUGCUUCGGUCUUGGCUUCGGAUUUUGUUGGACGAUACCUUACAAUUCAGAACACAUUUGGCUCGAGUGGCCAAGCCAUCGCACUAAGAGUUGCUGGGGACAGGGUAGCCUUCUACGGUUGCAGGUUCUUUUCUUUUCAAGACACACUCCUUGACGAUACUGGCAGGCACUACUACACCAACUGCUACAUUGAAGGAGCCACCGAUUUCAUCUGCGGCAAUGGCCAAGCACUCUUUGAAAAAUGUCAUCUCCACUCAGUCUCAACGAAUGGUGGAGCCAUCACUGCACAGAGAAGGGAGAGUGCAUUAGACAAUACAGGCUAUAGCUUCGUAAGUUGCAAGGUGACAGGUGUGGGAGUUGGAACUACGUUUUUGGGACGACCAUGGGGAGCUUAUUCCCGGGUGGUGUUUGCGUUCACCUACAUGACCAAUUCGGUAGCAGCUCAGGGUUGGGAUGACUGGGGUGAUCCUAAUAAGCAGAGGACGGCGUUCUACGGGCAGUACAGGUGCUAUGGUCCUGGCUCGGACCUCUCAGGUAGAGUUGGAUGGUCUCGACCGCUUUCAGUGAGUGAAGCUUCUCAGUUCGUAACGAAGUCUUGGAUCGAUGGCCGGAAUUGGCUCAGGCCUCGUCCGGCCCAUUUCAGAAAUUUUUCAACCCUAAUUGUGAGAUCUCCAAAUGGUAGCGGAUAGCUACAACAGAAGCUACUCAAUUCGAUCUUGUAAAUAUUACAAUUCAUUUAAACUUCGAUUAUUUUAUUGUAUAAAGCGGUGAUUGUUUGUUCAAAUGACUGAAAGGAAUAUGUAUGCAUAUUUGA